UUUUUUUUUUUUUUUACAAAUACAAGUUUUAAAUAAUGACUUUUGGAAAAAAGCAAGAAACUACUCGUUGGCUUCCUUUGAUAUCAAGUUUUUGUGUUGGUAUGAUCUUCAUGAUCGUCAUUCAAAGCUGUUUGAUUACUCGAACGGAUUCCACAGUACGUCAACUAUUACGACAAAAGCGUGGUUUGAAUGGUGUAGAAAAAGGCAAGUUGGCAUCGACUAUACUUCAAUUUGGUGACCCUGGUACAGCUCGUGAUUUUUUUGAACGAGAAGAAUAUGUUAUCUCUUAUGAUCGUCGGGAUCGCGUUGCCUCUUGGGUAGGUGAACAUUUGACAGCAGCUUCUUUGGUGCCUGGUGAAGGUGUCAACAGAGAUCAUUCCAAAUUUCAAGAAGAUCCAGAUGUUCUCCCAAUAUUUAGAUCCACUUUGGCGGAUUACUCCGGUAGUGGUUACGAUAGGGGUCAUAUGGCGCCAGCAGGUGAUGCUGUUUUCAACCAAACGGCAAUGGAUCAAACAUUUUAUUUAUCAAACAUGUCUCCUCAAGUCGGCAUUGGAUUCAAUCGGCACUAUUGGGCAUACUUUGAGUCCUUUGCAAGAAAUUUGACUCAAUCGUUUUCUGAUGUUUAUGUAUUAACUGGACCUCUCUUUUUACCUCAACCUUCAGACAAAGAUAGCAAGAAAUAUACAAUGACUUAUCCUGUACUCAAUGGUAAUGUUGCUGUACCUACUCACUUUUACAAGGUCAUCCUGGUCCCUGAUGGCAAGAAAAAGGAUUCCUAUGCAUUUGGUGCUUUUGUUUUACCCAAUCAAAGUAUUCCUAGUGAUACUGACUUGACAAAAUUCAAAGUUACCUUGGAUGUUGUGGAAAAGGCUUCGGGAUUGAUCUUUUUUGACAAGUUGGAUGCAAAAUCUCUUGGUGAUCUUUGUAGUAUUACCACGUGUUCGGUCAAACCAUUUCACGGUAGUUAAGUUAUAGUUUGUUUGCAUCAUCAUGAUGAUAUUAUUAUUAUUAUUCGAAAUAAAGUUUUUUUUUUUGAUUCAUUUCAACUUUUUCUAGUUUGAUUGAAAUCCUCCGGAAAA